AUGGCGUGCAGUAAAGUGAGGAAAAUUGAUCGAGAGUGCCGGGUUUUUAAUGAACAAUGGACCAGGGAUUAUUUUUUUGUUCCAUGGAAGGACCGUGCCAUUUGUAUUAUAUGUAAAGAAAACGUGUCCGUGUUUAAAGAAUACAACCUUCGCCGCCAUCACGAAACCCGUCACAAGGAGUAUGCUAGCUUGAAAGGGGCAGCGAGAGAUGACAAAGUUCGGCGACUGAAAGGUGGGCUAGCAGCUCAGCAGGAUGCCCUGCUCCGUCAAUCACGGGCCAACCUGGCUGCUGUCCGAGCAAGCUACAAAGCAGCUAACCUACUGGCUAUUCACGGCAAGCCGUUCACGGACGGUGAAUUCGGGAAGGCUAUGAUGCUGGCUGUGUCUGAGGAAGUGUGCCCCGAGAAGACGGAUACCUUCAGAGGGGUGGUCGUGCAGUGUGUCAACUACAUCCGGAAAAAUGGGCUGAAACACAGGCAGUUCCAGGCCUUUCUCUCCGAAUUGGGGUCUGCCUACCAGGAUGUGCUGUACUACACCGAAAUUCGAUGGCUAAGUCGAGGCAAAGUAUUGCGCCGUUUCUACGACCUGCUGCCCGAAAUUAAUACCUUCCUCCAGUCUAAAGGUGAAACGGUACAGGAGCUGACGGACCCGGGGUGGAAAUGGGACCUCGCGUUUUUAACUGAUGUGACUGAAGUGUUGAACCACCUCAACCUACAGCUCCAAGGCAAAGGGAAUCUCAUCAGUGACAUGUAUUCCCACAUAAAAGCAUUCGAGGUCAAACUGCAGCUCCUUCUGCGACAGGUCCAAAAGCUGGACUUCACACAUUUCCCUGCCACCCAAAUGUACUGCGCCGAGAAACCAGCUGCCCCUUUCCCUGUCGCGAAGUGCAAGGAUGCCCUGGAGAUGCUGCAGCGAGAGUUCAGUGUGCGCUUCCGCGAGCUUCAUGUCAACAACAAAGACAUACGUCUGUUCCAGAACCCGUUUGCUGCUGACAUAGACGACGCACGUCCCUCUCUUCAGUUUGAACUAGCCGAGCUGCAGAAUUGUGAUGUCCUUAAAGACGCAUUCAAGCCUGACAGCCUACUUGAGUUCUAUGCUGCUCUACCAGAGUGCACAUACCCAAACAUCAAACAACAUGCUCUGAGGAUGUGCACCGUAUUUGGCAGCACCUACACGUGCUACACCCAGACAUCAGACUUCUCGCCAGCCAGAAGCAGGCACACAGUUCACACUGAUAGGUUUCCAGGCAGCAGGAGAGGGGACUGCAACUGCUGA